UUAAGUUUGUCUUACAUAAGUGUGUAGAAAUUAAUCUGAAAAAAUUGAAUGAAUCGUUGAAUUUCUUAUUUUGUAGUAAAAUGGAAAAUAAAGCUACUGCCAAAGGCAGGCAUACUUGCGUUGCGUGUGGGAGUCGCGGAAGCAAAGGGUUUUUUCGCCUUCCGCAAGAUCCUUUCAAAAGAACAAUUUGGUUUUAUCAAAGUGGUAUUGCCCCAUUAUCCGAACCUAGCAGUCGCAAUGCUUGGUUGUGUAAUAAACAUUUUGAAAAAACCCACAUUUCAAUCGGAAAGAAGCGGAUGGGAUUAAAGAAAUGCGUUAUACCAUGGGUUAAAGUCGAUCCAGCUCCAGAUAAAACCGAUCGUAAAGCCUAUUGUAUGAAUUGUUAUGUAUGCGGUAAAACAAAUGCAGACUCUUUUCACCGAAUCCCUAAAGACCCGAAAAUUAGAGAUGCAUGGAUAAGAAAUGUCGGAAUAAGAUCUCACAACCGGAUACCACCCUCUAAUAUGCGUCUAUGCAAUUCCCAUUUCUUGGAAUGUGAUUUCGUUGGACACGCCUACUCGGUCAGACGUUUAUUAUCUCGAGAUGCCGUGCCUCUUAGAAACCUUCAGAAAGGAAGUAAUCAGAUAAGACAAUCACCAAUAUCGCCCAAGAUAAUCAACAACGAUGGAGAUGUUAUUAAUCCUUCAAAUCGUGAGGUAACUUCUGUAUCUUCGAGCUCAUCAAAUACAAGAUGUACAACAACGUUGAACGAUGACGCGGAAUCAGAAUCAAAAAUCUCGAAAGCGAACCCUCAGAAUUCCAAAACGAUUUCCUUCCCGAAAGAAAGAAAUAUCUCAGGCGAAAACACAUCUGAUCAGUCAACUGUUUCUUCUUCGAAGAAAGAAAACGCAGUUCCCAUUGUUACAGACUCGAUGACUUCUGAAAAUGUCGGGGAAUCCAGUAUUGCUGAGCCGACUUUAGAAAAGAAACAGAGACGCAUUCGGCGAUUGAAAGAGAAAAGAAAGCUGUUGAGAAAACAAUUAGCGGAACAUCGAGAACUGCUUGAUAAUCUGCUGAAAGAAAACUUAGUUACGAAAAAGGGCAAGAAAAUGAUAAAAGCAUUCUUGCGAAGCUUACUGAACCCGAUUGAGUGAUGGUUGCGAUAUUUUCCAGCGCUGCGCUGUACGAAGUCGUAAUGUAUAAUCAACACGGUGUUUUAAUUUUUAAGUUACGUUAUUUCAUUUUAAUUUUGUACUUAGGUCCUAGUUCGUGGUUCCUCUUUUUUAUUUUUCGUUUAUGUUAUUUUUUUACCUUUUUUUUUACAAAUUUGACUGAGGUUUAGUCAAUUACCAAUAAGACCUACUGUGUAUGCAGUAAACAGUAGACACGUAUAGGUACGUACAUGCCUACAUGGUACAUAACUCGAGUCACUUUCUUUUCAUAUUAAUCAUGGGCUUUUAUAAAUAAAAUGCUUAAAUGAAUUAAAUUGAAAGGAAUUUUUGAAAAAAAAUCUUUCGUGAUAAAAUGCUUAAUUUUCUGACAGAAUGAGUAGCAUUAAGAUGGAAAAAAAAUUGUUUACUGAAUAUCUGAUAUUGUUCAGUUCAACUAACAAUUUAUAGUUUUUCAUUUUUUGUAUACGUAUAGGCACCUAUUCACUCUUGAAUAUAACUCUACAUAUUAAUUUUAACGUACAAAAUUAUUCAUACUUUAUAUUAUCAAGUUUUCGGUUUCGCUACCUAUUUUAAAUUUUCACUUGUCAAUGUAUGUUAGGUAUGAAUAUGAACCUAUAAUUACAGUUUUAAAGAAAUUCCGGUGCCUGUUUUAAAAACCUUAAUUUUAUAUUUUUACGUUCAUGUUAAUACACGUUUUGAUG